AUGUCAAGAACAGAAACUACCACUACAACUACUACUACAACUACGAAAGCAUUUGAAAACGACUAUGGGGAUUUCAGUCAGUUCAAAAAAGGAAAACCGACGAAGCAAACACUCGGUGAGCAUAUCUACCUUCAAUAUCUUCUUGUCUCUGGAAUCUACAUGCUUGAACCAUGGGAGCAACGUCUCUUCAACUGGAUUAUCAUCUUUGCUCUUACUACAUUCUUUGGGCUAAUCACCUUCUUUGUCGUCUGA